ACGCCGUCCCAUCCGGGCACCCAUCAUCACCAUCACGGCAACCACCACGGCCAUCAUCAUCACCUAUCCGCCGCGACGCACUUGGAUUUCAGUCGGACGGCCGUCCACAGCCACAGCGGAGGAUCCACGCCCAACAACAGCCCUAGUCCUCCGCACAGGAUACCUCACGGUGACUCUCCCGUCGGUUCUCACCCGCAACCACCACCGGGAGUGGUCAGACCGAGUCCCAAUUACUUGGCACCGCCACCCGGUGCAGCCACCGCGGCAGCGGUCGCCGCUGAACAGUUGAAAUCCCUGUACGGGCUGCCGGGACAUGGCCCAACCGGGCCCCAAACUGGCCAAAACGAGUACCAUACCCAGCAGUUGGCUCUGGCCGCGAAUCUCGCCGCUGCUCAACAUUUCCAAGCGGCGAACCUAGCGGUUGCCCUUCAAGCGCACCACGGUGCGUCGCCCCAUGGACCGCCUCAUGGACCUUACCCCCAUGGAGGUGCACCCGGUGCGCCGCAUCCACCGCCUCAUCCACAUCAGCCGCCCAGAGACAGCUACCCGCUGUACCCUUGGCUGCUCUCCAGGCAUGGAAGGAUCUUUCCUCACAGAUUUCCUGGAGGUCCCGACAUACCAGGAUUCCUGUUACAACCGUUCAGGAAGCCGAAAAGAAUAAGGACGGCGUUUAGUCCCAGCCAAUUGCUGAAGCUCGAGCACGCGUUCGAGAAAAAUCACUACGUGGUCGGCGCUGAAAGGAAGCAGCUGGCGCAGGCGCUAUCGUUAACGGAAACGCAGGUGAAGGUCUGGUUCCAAAACCGACGGACAAAGCACAAACGAAUGCAACAAGAGGAGGAGGCGAAGGCGCAGCAACAGAGCGGAGGUGGCGGAGGCGGAGGCGGCGGCGGUGGCGGCGGUGGCGGAGGAGGUGGAAACGGGAACAACAAUUCUAACAACAAGAACACCCAUCACGUGAGCAAAUGGCAACAGGAGACGGGCGACUAUCACCACGAGGAAGACGAGGAAGAGGAGCACAUCGAUCCGGAGGCCGACGAGUGUUCGAGCGGCUCGGAAGCGUAGCUAGACGUUCUCUGCCUGGACUAAGGCGCCAGGAAUUUCGUCUGAUCGACGUGAAACGUCCUUGUGACUCCAUCCUUUCGCAGCAUCCGACGGGCCGAAAUUCCGUCGAAUCUUGGCAGAGAACUUAAACCUUGCUUUACGCGCAAGUCUGCGAAUGUGACAGAAUCGAGAUGAACAAUCGAGAAACACGCGUUCUUCGUUGUUAUCCAAAGAUACAGUGUUCCAAAUUCGGAACGUUGCUCGAAGCGAACUUUUAGUAGCUGAAGCUCGAAUGACGGUAGACAAAGUGAAAUUGCUUGGAGUUUGAACAUGGUUUCAAGAAAGAAACAGUAUCGACGCUUUCGAGUAUUAGAAGUCCGAAGUCUCAUGAGUCGUGUAAAAUUCCUGUGGAAUUGUGGGACUGUCAAUCAAAGAAGGCUAACCGUAAAGAGAAUUCGAAUCGAGAAUUGAAAUCGAGUGAAAAAGAGCAAGAGGCUAUAAAUCCUUGAAAAGAAGCGCGUCGAUGCAAUUGCGAUGGAAUCGCGUGCGCUGUCAGUCAUCGACCGUCGCAACAAUGGUCGCCGUUGAAAAGAGAAGAAGUCUCAUCGAGCACAACCAGAAGACUAUGGACCCUGUUGGCAAGACUGACGUAAUAGCAUCCGUUUCCGUGUUCCUCGCGUCGAAACAAUCGAGAAGAGUCAACCAAAGUCCUUCGAGACUGAGUUUCCUUCGGAAUCGCUUCAGUUUCCGAGCAACUCGGAAGCUGGCUAAUGGCUGCAUUGUUCUUCGAGGAGCCAAAUGGAGGAACUUCCGGCGGAAACGGCGGCAUCAACCUCCGAAGGUCUCGAAGAACUUCGUCCACCCGUUUUUCCGAAAUCAACUCGCAAACAUCCUGCGGGUUUCUCGACGGGGGUCGAAUCGACCCGCGUUUACACGAAAUCUUGCCAUAGUUCGUGUAAAUACCUGAAGUGAACUGUUCUAUAAAGAACAAAGUUAUAAAGAGGUGGACGUGUAAAUAGUUUUGUGUGAUUGUGUCUGAUCGAAAGACGAUCUUAUUGAAGAGAGAGAGAGAAUGUAUUGUAUGAGUGCGAGAGAGAAGAAGAAGGAGAUCGAGUGCCAAACUUCGUACCCUUUAGAGAGAAGCCCAGUGUAAACUUCGAAUUGUACUUGCGAUUGUAUUUAAACGUCGUACCACGAACGACCACCAGUAUUCCCUAUGUCGAAUCGAUGUCCGAGAUGUACGAUUUUAAAUUAUUCUAUCGAUUACGUUAGCGAGACACCUCGAUGAUCGUUCCUCGAAGAAUCUCUUUUGCUAAGGUCUCUGUGUAACUGGUUUUUGGGGAGUUGGAAGAGGGCUUUUGGAAU